AUGAAAUUUUGUCAAUAUAUAAUUCAUAAUCUUUCAAUUAUAUUGAUAAUUGUAGAAACCGUUUAUCCUGUUUGUGCAGUCAAAUGCCGAGUGUUAGGAAGUAAUAGAUACGCUAUGCUAGGGUUUUCCAACUAUAAAAUGGUACAGAAUUUGAGUGCUAAUCCCAAAAAUGCUCUAUGUAUGGGUAAAGUUAUGCUUAGUGUGAACAAUCUACUCGAAGAAUGUAAGAGAUACAUCAAGGAUUCACAAAGUUGCGAGCAGUCCUUCGAUCAAUCAGCGUUCGUAACCAAAUUCUACGCCGAUAAUGUCCCAGAUAAUCAAAUGGGACAUUGUAUUGAGGAUGAAGGUAGGAAUCUUGAUAAGCGAAUUUUAAAUAAGAAAAGGAAUAAAACGUCCACUCGCAUACUCCUGAGAAUCUCAUUCAACACAGAUAUUGGAGAUAUUGAAACGAAGGUUCAAUUGGCCAGGAAACAAUUGGAAGAUCGAAAUAUAGUGAUUUUCAAGAUGAGCCUAAAGUAUCUGGGAGCUAAUAAGUACCAAAGACCCGCAGUUUUCGACAAAAUUAUUCAGCUACUACGUGAUAUCGCAUCCCCUGUGGGACCGGAAAGUGUUGUGGGAAAUUAUGUUUUGUUGACACUCAAAAACAAGCUUCCAAUCAAUCGGAAGAUUAAACGCAAAACAGAUGAACCAACCUAG